UGAACUCUCUUGUUCCCACUUCUCUGAUAUCCUCAUCCAUCAACUCCUCUGCUUCUCUCUGCCUGUGUCUCACAGAGAGAACAUAACAUGGCCAUUAGAAAAGCAAACAAGCUUCCCCAGAGUGCAGGAAUAAAGCAAAUCCUGAAAAGAUGUUCAAGCUUAGGAAAGAAGCAAGGUUACGAGGAGGAAGAUGAAGAUGGGGUAAUCCCGGUGGACGUGCCAAAGGGCCAUUUUGCAGUGUAUGUGGGAGAGAACAGGACAAGGUACAUUGUGCCCAUCUCCUUCUUGACGCACCCUCAAUUCCAAUCCCUCCUCAGGCAAGCUGAAGAGGAAUUCGGAUUCCAUCCCCACAUGGGCCUCACUAUUCCCUGUGAAGAAGUUGUCUUCAAGUCUCUCACCCAAAUGCUCCUAUGACUCCCUCUUUCUUCAUGGUUUUCAACGAGAACAAGAAGAACAAGAUGCUGAUGAUGACCAGGAUGAAGCUGCAUUUUUUGCUUCUCUCUCUCUCUCUCUGUUUUUUUUAAGAGUGCGUCUCUCAUUCUUUCCUUCAUUUUUUUAAGGGUUAUUAUCACGUGACUCUGACUUAGGACCCGUGAGCAUUUCUAAAAGUUGUAUAAAGGUCUGAGAUAUUCCUCACAGAGGUUGAGAAGUUGGUUGUGCCUAUGAAAGCUGCGCUUACUAUGUGCCCUAAGCCCUUAACUUGUUCUUCUCUUCCUUUUCCUCUCUUUAUCCACAUGGGGUUCUGCAAGAUUAAGGCAAAGAAAGAAUCGUAAAUAUUGAAUAUCCCACAACCAAAGAAAGAAGAGGAAACAGGGCGUGCAUAGCUUGUCAGAGAAGAUGCGGUACCCAAGAUGUACGGAUCUCGUGCGCGCGCAGUUGCUGUUGCCUUUUGUUACCCCACCUACAAAACAAAAGAAUGUCCCACCUCCAUGUUAAUAUACUCCCUCAAUUUUUUAUUAUUAGAUGAAAUACUCACUCACUUUUUAUUUA